AUGGAGUGCAUGAUCGACCAAAUCGCCGCUAUCCCCAAGGAGCAACAAGUGCAAUCCGAUCUUCUUCAGAUCCAAAACAGCCAAGCUGAAGCAUUCCACGAGCUUCUCACGAAAGCCCAACCUCGACAAGCUAAAAAACGCCCGAAACCAUCGCUUCCGCAUCCUGAGAAGUUCACUACAAGGACCUGA